AUAAGCAAUCGGCCUAUCGCAACUACCACCGACCUGAUCCAAACCCAGCCUCCCAACUCGACUCGAUCUAUUGCUAUACGAACUGCAAUAGGAUACAAUCACAAUUCUUUGAAAAAAAAAAAAACAAAAGUUACAAUCACAAGACAAUAAACUAUUCGACUGCCUUCCACCCCACUGGAACCAGCAAGGCCAACUGAAGCACAGGCCUUAACCCUCGACACCGCCAACGUACCCGACCAAAAUCCCCAACAAAUCGAGCCAGCUCCACCACAACACCAAUUGAUCCAACGAAAUAUCCAGGCCGAUUGGCGAAAAACAAAAUAGGUUCCAAGAUAUCAAUUUGCCGGUCACUCUUCCUAGUUUGAACAAUCCAUGGAUCCUCCACAUGGAUGCAGGUCAUGGAGGCCGUGCUUACUUCACCAUCCCCACCACCAUCUUCACCAUCACCAUCAUCAUCACCCCUUAUUCCUCAACCCUCACCACCACCCCCACCACCACCACCACCACUUCAACUGCCGCCACCACCAUGUUCGCCCCAAUUUCACAUCUUUUGCUCAAAACCCAGAACAAGCUACUCCCGUUCCUUUCCCAACCUAUUCAAAGUCGGAAACUUCUGGGAUCAAAGGCGCGUACGAUUACAAUCCUACCCCCCUGGUAUUGCAGGAGCAGAAUCAUGACGAUGUUGCGUUAGAGGAGGAAGAGGAUGAUGACCCAAUUUUCGUCUUAACUGAUGAAUGGAAAGAAUUUUUUGCGAAAUCUGAAGCUAAGAGGAAACUAGGUACACACCGUUUCUUAGUCUAUAAUAUCAUAGAUACUUACUUCGAUGUCUAAUUUUUGUUUUGGUUUAAUUACAGAGAGGAAGCAAGCUAAAAAGGGAAAGAAGUAAUGUCUCAAGAUUCCAAUGUCCUAGAAGAGUGAUAUGAAAUCUUGUUUCUCUUUGAAAUUUUUGUAUGUAUGACUCUGAUAUGGUGAUAUGAAUUUUGAUUGUGAUCCCAUUGUUAAGAUCAGUAAUUCUUGUAGACAUUUUCAUUGAGGUAUGCAAAUGAUAGAUUAAUAUUA